AUGGUAGAACAAAGAGUUCAAGAUAAUAAAGCAAAGGAGAUUAUUAAUAAAUGUGCACCAGGGUGGAGUUGGUGUUCAAAUAGGUCAUCUGAUGGGAAAGGAAGAAUAUGGAUCAUAUGGGAUCCAAACAAAAUUCAGUUUACUAUGCUACAGAAUCUUACUCAGUACAUUCAUGGGAAAGUUCACAAUAUCAGUUCCAGCAGGCAAUUUGCUUUUACUGCUAUCUAUGGUCUACAUACAAUUGCUCAUAGAUGUGCUAUGUGGGAAGCACUAAGGAACUUAGAUUCCCAGAUGACUAAUCCCUGGUUAAUCAUGGUAGAUUUUAAUGCAAUAAUGGAUAUUGAGGACAGGGUGAAUGGUACAACAAUGCAGGAAAAUGAGAUUAAGGAAUUUAGAGCUCUGAUGGAGGACUGUAGACUGAAUGAGCUUACUACUGUGGGAAGGUCAUAUACAUGGACAAACAGUCAUGUAUAUAGCAGAAUUGACAGGGCUAUUGUUAAUGCACAUUGGAUGAUGAAUAUGCCACCAAUACAAGUUAAUGUGAUGGAUCCUCAGUUUUCUGAUCAUUCUCCACUGUGUAUAGAGCUGGAAAUAACAAUGGAUACUAGGGGGAAACCUUUCAAAUUCUUCAACUACCUAGCUGAUCAUACAUAUUUUGAAAAUAUAAUAAGGGAAAGAUGGGACAACAAAGAAAGAAGUAUGAAAGGCAUCUGGCAAAAUUUAAGAAAUGUUAAAGCUGCACUCAAAAGUCUUAACAGGAAGGAGUUUGCAAGCACAACAAAUAAGGUCCAACAACCCAGGGAGACACUAGCUAGCAUACAAGCUCAGAUGAGGACCACUACAGCACCUGCUGAUAUGUUUGAUACAGAAAAAAUCACUAAGCAGCAGUUGGAGAAAUGGAGCAAGAUAGAGGAAAACAUAUACAAGCAGAGAUCUAGAGUACAAUGGCUUAAAUUGGGUGAUUCCAAUACAGCCUUCUUCUUUACCAGUAUGAAAGGAAGAACAACACAAAACCAAAUCAAACUACUCACAACUGAUGAUGGCAGAUUCGGGUCCGAUCGCCCAGAUGCAUGCAGAUGGCGUUGCCUAUAG